GCCUGAUAAAACGGCAGAGGCUCUGGACGAGGAGGGCUGGCUACACUCGGGAGACCUGGGGAGACACGACCAGCACGAGUUUCUCUACAUAACAGGAAGGAUAAAGGAGCUGAUCAUAACUGCCGGUGGAGAGAACAUCCCUCCUGUGCCCAUUGAGGACGCACUAAAGGCUGAAGUCCCCAUCAUCAGCAACGCCAUGCUAAUCGGAGACAAGCUAAAAUUCUUGUCCAUGCUUCUCACGCUCAAAUGUGUUGUUGAUGAUAACGGUGAGCCUACAGAUGACCUGAGUCCAGAGGCUUUGGAGUUCUGCAGGCGAAAUAAUGUCACGGCAACCAAGGUCUCAGAGAUUCUAGCCAAUAAGGAGCCUGCGAUCUACCAAGCCAUCCAAGAGGGUUUUGAGCGUGUGAAUGCCAAAGCAACAUCCAGGGCCCAGAAUGUACAAAAGUGGGUGAUUCUAGAGCGAGACUUCUCCAUCUCUGGGGGAGAGUUGGGUCCCACUAUGAAACUCAGAAGGCCGAUUGUCGUCAAGAUGUACCAGGAAAAAAUUAAUGAAAUGUACGCAGCAGGAGACAAACCAUAACCCAAACAUUCACACAAGAGGAGGAAUUUAAGAGACGUUUCCUUGUGCCCAAACUUGGACAAUCUUAUAUUUAUAGGUGAUGUUUUGACCCACUUCUUAAAGGAAAUGUUUUAUGCGCAUGAGUGGAAGUGGUGAGUUUUUGCUGCUAUGUAAUUCUUUAAAAGUUGCAUCUCUGACUUGACGCUCAGUUUAACAGCUGUAUACUUUUUUUUGUAAAUAAACACCUAAACAAAGCCAAAUGUUUUUUAGAGCAAUAUUGUUAUGUUGGUGAAAUCAAUAUUACUUCCAUAAUCGAUAAUAUCAAAGUAAAGCCAUUUGCUCUGCCCACAGUGGUAUUUUUUAUUUAUUUUGGAUUUUUAUGAACAGUGAUUUCAUGAUGAUGACUAUGUGUUUUGAAUUAUAGAAUUCAUACAAUCAUAAUUAGUCAUAUUUAAAUUACUCUUGUGCAUAUAAAAGCUCCACUAAUAUGCGCUCCCCAUGUAUAGUUUGAGAAAUGUAUAUAUUACUA